AUGAGCGCAGGGCCGGCACAUCUCCUGACAACUCUCUUCAUGGCAGCGGCAGCCAUGGGCUACCCGUCCCGGCGCUCUGCCACCGACCUGGAUGCCACCCCCAGGACAACAGUCACCUUUGAUGAGCUGUCGGGAGUCCGGCGCUUCACUGCACACACCCUCAACUACAGCACCCUGCUGCUGGAGGAUGAGCGGGGCAUCCUCUACGUGGGUGCCAGGGGAGCCAUCUUCGCCCUCAACUCCAGCGACGUGGCCGACGGCUCCCACCACACGAUCCACUGGGAAGCCUCCCCGGAGAAGCGGAUGGACUGCCUGCAGAAGGGCAAAAACAACAAGACCGAGUGCUUCAACCACGUGCGGUUCCUGCAGCGGCUGAACAGCACCCACCUCUAUGCCUGCGGGACCUACGCCUUCCACCCGCUCUGCGCCGCCAUCGAUGCUAACAGGUUCAUGUUGCCGUCUCACUUUGAAGAAGGCAAGGAGAAGUGUCCAUAUGACCCUGCCCGUGGCUACACUGGGCUCAUUGUGGAUGGAGGCUUGUACACAGCAACACGCUAUGAGUUUCGGAGCCUCCCUGACAUUCGGAGGAACCUGCACCAGCGGCCACUGAAAACAGAGGAGUCCCCACUGCACUGGCUGAAUGACGCGGAGUUUGUGACCUCUGUGCUGGUCCAGGAGAGCAAGGACAGCCCUGUGGGUGAUGAUGACAAAAUCUACUACUUCUUCAUGGAGCGGGCAGGAGAGGAGACCACAUCCUUCUUUGACAAGAGUCAGGUGGCCCGAGUGGCCCGGGUGGCCCGUGUUUGCAAGAGUGAUGUGGGGGGGAAGAAGAUUCUGCAGCGCAAGUGGACGUCCUUCAUGAAGGCACGCCUGGUCUGCUACAUCCCCUACUACGAGGUGCUGCGCAGUGUCUGCAGCCUGGACGGGGGCGGCUGGGCCAGCACUGUCUUCUAUGCUGCCUUCGCACUCUCAGCACAGUGGAGGACCAUGGAGGCCUCGGCUGUGUGCCGCUACAACAUCUCGGCGGUGCAGCGUGCCUUUGAGGGCCCCUACAUGGAGUACCAGGACUGGGCUCGCAAAUGGUCCCGCUACGACGGUGCAGUGCCCGAGCCCCGGCCCGGCUCCUGCAUCACGGACCACUCCCGCAGGAAGGGCUACAACUCCUCGCAGGACCUGCCCAACAGUGUCCUGGACUUUGUCAAGCUGCACCCACUCAUGUUUGAGGAGGUGAAGCCAGCUGAUGGGGAGCCGCUCCUGGUGAAGAAGAACGUGGUGUACAGCCAGCUGGCUGUAGACAGGGUGCAGGCCCUGGAUGGUCGCUCCUACGAUGUGCUCUUCAUGGGGACAGGGGAUGGCUGGAUCCACAAGGCUGUGGUGGUGAACUCUGGCAUCCACAUUGUGGAGGAGGUGCAGGUGUUCAGGGACCUGCAGCCUGUGGAGAGCCUGGUGAUCUCCCACAUCCAGAGGAGCCUGUACGUGGGGGCAGCCAGCGGGAUCGUGCAGGUGCCCCUGGCCUCCUGUGCCAAAUACUCCUCCUGCUAUGACUGCAUCCUUGCCCGGGACCCCUACUGUGCCUGGGAUGGCAGGGCAUGCCGCGCCAUCGCCACCACACACAGCACAGGGCUGGUGCAGGACAUUCAAAGUGGCAACAAGGGAUGCCGGAGCAGCUCUGGACGGGUGCGUGUCCCCACAGGCUCCCUGCUGUGGAAAAACCGGACGGUGCUGCAGGGGGACGAUGUGCUGCUGCCCUGUGACCAGCGCUCCAACCUGGCCCGAGCCGUGUGGCUGCUGAACGGCAGCGAAGUGCUGGGCAUGGGGCAGGACCGGCUGCGCGUGGGGGUGGAUGGGCUGCUGGUGACGGACACGCUGCCCCAGUACAGCGGCGAGUACCGCUGCUACGGCGAGGAGCAGGGUCUCCGGACACUGUUGGCUACCUACAGCCUCUCCGUGCUGCCCGAGCUGCCCCGCAGCCCUACAGCUGCCCCAUCACCCCAUGCCUCCAGCCAGACGACCAAUGACAUGAAGGUGGUUUACAUUUCUGCCAUCGUCACUUUGGUGGUGCUCUGCACUGUGCUCAGCAUCAUCCUCCUGUACGUGUCCUGCCUGGAGAAGCGCAAGGGCAAGUAUGUGCUAGGGGAGCCGCGGCCAGCCAGCGUGGAGCUGCAGACCGUCUCGGCCAACUGCCUGCGCAAGGGCCACCGGGAGGAGGAGGAGGAAGAGCUCACCUACCCCGACGGCUGCCUGCGGAUCAUCCCCGGCGAGGCGCCCACGGCUGCCACCUCCCCAGUCAAGGAGCUGCCGGCUGCUGUGCCCCCACUGCCACCCCCGCUGCCAGCCGAGCUCACCAAUGGCGUGGGGGCUCUGCCCAACGUCCUGCGGAAGAUGAACGGCAACAGCUACAUGUUGCUGCAGCAGCAGGAGGAGCCACUGGCCUCUCCGCUCUACAACGCGUCCUUCACCGAGGAGCUCAACAAAAUCCUGGAGAAGCGAAAACACACGCAACUGGUGGAAAAGCUGGAUGAGAGCUCUGUGUAGGGGCUGGGGAGGGGGGUCCUGCCAGUGGGGCCCUCCUCCCCUCCAGCCC